CUUGAUCCUUAUGACUAUGAAACUAUUGAAAUUGUCCUGAAAGUGAUACAAAAUGCUGAUGAAAAGAACACCAGUAUCCAGCUGAAUCAGGCUUUGAGCCUCCUCAAACAUCUGGAAUCUUAUAAAAGAAUUUCUCCACCUGUAGACCUAGAACACCAAUAUGUUUUAGAACAUGUGAUUCCCUUAUCUCCAGCUGCUCAAACCAGACUGCCUUUUCAUCUGAUAUUCUUCAGAACUGCACAAUGUUUCUGGAACAUUAUAUCUGCAGAGCUCAGUGAGGAAUCCUUUCCAACACUUCUGUUGAUUUCCAAACUAAUGAAGGUUUCACUGGAUACCUUACACAUGUCUGCAGCUCGACAUGUCUUUGAAAAAAGAUUGAAACCAAAAAUAUUUGAAAUGAGAAACACUGGAUAUACAUCAGUUGUUAACAAGGAAACAACUAAAACUGUGCAGACGAUUCAGUCGUAUCUGCUGUCAAUAAUUAAUCCAGAGUGGGCUGUAGCUAUUGCUCACAAGAUUGCACAAGAAUUUCCAACAGGUAAGGUGUGUAUGUGAUGACUUGAGGGGUGAAGUAAUGGGACGAGGAGAACAGAAAAGACAAGAAGGAGAAAAGAAAAGCUAGCCUGUAACCAAACAUUUUAUCAGUAUUCUUGGAUAAAACCCAGGGAAGUUUGAGAAUAAAACUUCGUCUCCUACAUCUAAUUUUGAACAGUAGGC